AUGGUUUUUACUAUUAUAGUACAUCUAGCUGUGAAGAGUGAGCACGUGGAUAAAGUCAAGGCAAAAUUAAUAGAAGCAAGUCGUGUAUAUGCCAAGGAUAAAGGAACCAUCGACUGGUUCGUUAGCCAAGAUGCAGCAGAUCCAACCAAAUUUGCUAUUGUCGAGCGAUAUGAACAACAGAGUGAUGUGCAAACUCACGUCAGCAAUCCGUAUUAUAAAGAGUUCGGUGCAUACGUGAAACCACUUUUAACGAAACCUAUUGAACUUCACAGCUUGGCAGAAAUGGAUACAUCGAAAGAUGUCGAGGUUCCUCCACAAACAUGGUCGGAUGAAACAGACCAAUAG